AUGGGGUCCAUCCGUGAUACCCCGAGAGCUACGGCGACUGGUCACGUCCGGGCUCCGGCGGAUCCGGUUAUCCGCCAGGAGAUCGAUCAGAUGCGGAACCAGUACGAGACGACGAUCGACCGGUACGAGACGAAAAUCGACAUGCUCUACGGUCUUUUCGAGAUCAUGGGAGCCGACAACCCGGUACUCAUGGCGCAGCUGGACAAGCUGAAGGCGGAUGGGGUUCUCGGAGGAUCGUCUGCCGUCGGGUCAUCUACUAGGACUCGACCGCCGCCGGUGCAGACGGAUGCGGAGAUGUUCCGAUCUCUCGGGGUCGACCCUCCUACAGCCGGAGCCGGAGAUCAGGCGGCGGGACCAUCAAACCGAAGACCCGGCAAGGAGCACGUCCAAGACGAUGUCCAGGAGGCCGGAUCAGAUCGUUACCAACUGGAGACGAAAUGGGAUCGACCCGUUAAGACAUGGGAUGAAAUGGUGUGUCUGAUGCAACGACGGUUUGUUCCGAGCUACUACAACCGAGAACUACACAACGAACUUCGGCGAUUGACCCAGGAUACCAAGAACAUCGAAGAUUACUACCAGGAGAUGGAGCGGCUGGUGUUCAAGGCUGACAUAGAAGAACCAGAAGAUGCUACUAUGGUGCGGUUUCUCAGCGGUAUGAACAGGGACAUUCAGGAAUCAGGAUCAUAUGGAGAUGGAGAGUUACCGGAGUCAGUCCGACAUGUACCAGAAGGCCAUACUUGUGGAACAGCAGUUGAGGAGGAAGAGCACUGCCCGCCCAAGAUCGAAUCUAAGCUGACUUCAUCCACAGCCGAUUACAAAGGCAAGACCGAGGCUACACCGUUCAGGAACCAAGAUAUCGAGUGCUUCAAGUGCAGAAGCAAGGGACACUAUGCUAACAAGUGUCUGAACCAGCGAGGUAUGCUACUCCUUGAUUCCGGAGAGAUCAUCACCGACGAUGAAGAGGACACCGGACCGAUCUAUGAUGAGGAACACGCAGCUGAGGGUGAGUUACUUGUUUCCAGGCGUAUUCUUAUUUCUCAAGAACCGGUAGCGGUUCCUUUUUCCAUUGGCCGCUAUGAAGACGAGGUUAUAUGCGACGUGUUGCCUAUGGAGACUGGCCAUAUUUUGUUUGGUAGACUGUGGCAGUUUGAUCACAAGACGAUCCAUGACGGCUACACUAACAAGCAUACCUUUGAGCAUAAAGGCCUGAAGAUCACACUUGCUCCUUUGUCACCGCGGAAAGUCUAUCUCGAUCAGCUCAAGCUUGAGCAAAACAGCAAAGGUAAAAACGUUCUGAGUGACCCCUCAAACACUAAUUUCACUAAAAAUGAGAGUGAGGAAAUGAGAAACACUCAGCAAAUGGCCUUUGAGAGUGAACCCGGGAGGUCAAACACUUCUUUAUUUAUGAGGCCGAGUGAGAUCAAGCAUGAAGCUUUGGCUAGCACUACUGAUCCUGAGCCGGUACUCCCAAGCAGCAUUUCUUCUGUUUUACAGGAAUCCACCGAUGUCUUUCCAGAGAACGACCCAGGCGGCUUACCACCGAUCCGAGGGAUCAAACGACAGUGCCUGCUGCCUCACUGUCGAACCGUUCUGCUGACCAAAAUAACUCGGUGGAGACUAAGGAGCUGCAAAGGCUUUGUUGUGAGCUCGCAGGACAUUCAGGUCGAUGAAGAGAAGAUCAAUGCCAUUCAGGAUUGGCCGAGUCCAAAGACGGUUGGAGAAGUCAGGAGCUUUCACGGACUGGCUGGAUUCUAUCGGCGUUUUGUCCGAGAUUUUAGCACCAUAGCCGCACCAUUGACCGAGGUCGUCAAAAAGGACGUGGGCUUCAAGUGGGAACAAUCUCAAGAAGGCGCCUUCCAACUUCUGAAACACAAGCUUACUCACGCACCCUUACUUGAAAAGAAGCCGGUUGCUUUCUUUAGUGAGAAGUUGGGUGGAGCCGCUCUCAAUUACCCGACCUAUGACAAGGAGCUCUAUGCCUUGGUCCGUGAACUCCAAACCUCGCAACAUUACCUCUGGCCAAAGGAGUUCGUGAUACACAUCGAUCAUCAGUCUCUCAAGCAUCUUAAGGGCCAGAAGAAAUUGAAUAAGAGGCAUGCCAGAUGGGUGGAGUUCAUAGAGCCGUUUCCGUAUGUGAUCCAGUACAAGCAAGGCAAGGAAAACGUCGUGGCUGACGCUUUAUCCUGGAGAUACACGCUGAUCUCUACCUUGGACGCCAAGGUUCUUGGUUUUGAACUGAUUAAGGAAGCUUAUGCUUCUGAUCCAGGCUUCCAGGGAGUUUACAAAUCCUGUCUUGAGUUUGCUUCUGGAAAAUAUUUUCGUAAUGAUAAUUACUUGUUUUAUGAGAAUCGCCUUUGCAUCCCUAAUGUUUCUCUUCGUGACUUGCUUGUUAGGGAGGCUCAUGGAGGCGGUCUUAUGGGACACUUUAGAGUGAUUAAGACUCUGUCUGUGGUUAAGGAGCACUUUUCCUGGCCACACAUGAAUCGAGAUGUGGAACGGAUCUGCAGCCGGUGCACGACCUGUAAGUACGCUAAGUCCAAAAGCCAAAACCAAGGUCUGUACUCUCCUUUACCCAUUCCUAGUGCACCUUGGACCGACAUAUCGAUGGACUUUGUGUUAGGUCUGCCUAGGACUAGAUGUGGUAGGGACUCGGUCUUUGUUGUGGUAGAUAGGUUUUCGAAAAUGGCACAUUUCAUACCAUGCCAUAAGACCGACGAUGCAUCAAACGUUGCUGAUUUGUUCUUUAGAGAAGUUGUAUGUUUUCAUGGAAUGCCUAGGACCAUAGUCUCAGAUAGAUACAAAGUUCCUUAG